AGGAAAAAAGGUAAUUAUUCAAGGCUUGCACUUCAAAGUACCAGGAGAUUAAAAGAGUGCAGACUUAAGAAUUAAGACUGCGGUGGUGGAUCUUGCAGUGGAGUAGAAGGAGGAUUGAAGGAAAGAAAUGGAUCAGAUUCUGAACAAAGUUGGGUCCUACUGGUUCAACCGCAAGGCUACCAAGCAACUUGACUCUGUUGGUGAUGAUAUCAAUUCGCUGUCAGACAGUAUUGGAGGCGGUACCAGAUGGUUGGUGAACAAAAUAAAAGGAAAGAUGCAAAAGCCAUUAACCGAGUUGCUAAAGGAGUACGAUCUUCCUGUAGGAAUCUUUCCUCGUGACGCAACGAACUACGAGUUCAAUGAAGAAACAAGGAAGCUCGUCGUUUACAUUCCUCAAGUGUGUGAAGUAGGCUACAAGGAUUCGUCGGUCCUGCGUUUCACCACCACCGUGACUUGUUAUCUCGAAAAAGGGAAGUUGGCGGAUAUAGAGGGAAUGAAGACCAAAGUAUUGAUCUGGACUAAAGUGACUGCGAUUUCAUCCGAAGGAUCAAAGCUCCAUUUCAUUUGA